CAACACAGCAACAGCCGCCUGGAUGAUUCGCGCACGCUCGUCGCUGGGGCGUCUAAGCACACAGCUAAAGAGCACUGGCAAUCGAUGGUAUGCAGCAAAGACAAGCGGGAAGAAGACGGGCAAACUGGGUUCGUGGACUCCGGAGGCGCUGAGGACGACUGAAAGGUAUCCGUUGUCGCUUGAACUAUUUGCAAGGGCGCAUCCGACGGAAGAAAAUACAAUCCAGAAGAAUUUGGUGAAGACGUCGCAGAAGAAAGGUCUAAAUGAGAAGCCUCUCAAGAAAAAACAAGUGCCUAAGAGCGUAUUCUACGCAAGACCACAGAUUGUAAGUCCCGACCUAUGUGAUGACGUCUUGAGCUACUACGGCAAGCACUUGGAGGUGCACCGCGGCUGCGACAUCCUGGAUAUCAACCCGGGCGCCGGGCUGUGGUCACAGAAGCUGCAUGCGCUGCUGCAGCCACGCCGCCAUGUGCUCAUGGAGCCGAACGACCGAUUUGCAUCGUUCCUCGCGCCCCUGCUCGAGGCGCCCGACUCGCGCUACACGCUUGUGCUGAAGGACACCAACGAGCUGAGCAGCUAUAAAGAGAUGCUGGACGAGGGCGUGUUCCCCGAGCAGACGCGCGUCGACCCUCAUGACAACAGCGGACAGGAGCUGAACACCACGCUCCUGAUCACAGGCAUGCUCGUGUGGGAGCCGCUGCUGCCGGGCCUGGGCUUCGAUUCGAUGGCGAAGCAGCUGUACAACCUGUUCUCGGCUGCUGUUCGCUCCAACGACCAGUUCCAUGCCUAUGGACGUGUGCGCACCCUAUUUUGGGUGGGGGCAGACGAUUUCAGGCCCAUCAUUGCCGAGUCCAUGGCCAACUUCAACAAAAACAACUGCUUGCUCGAACUGACGCAGAACAUGGAGUUCAUCGUGAACUGCCCGCGCGGCCCACGUGUAUCGGGCAAGGGUGGGACUGGCCGCGAUCCGCACCAAGAAGUCGAGAGCGCUGUCCGCGCCAUGCAGAGAGCAAGGGAGUGCGGCAUGACACUCCCCGCCCACCGCGCGGACAAGAUACACACGCUUGCCGCGGAGGUUGAGGAAUUAACAGAGGGCACCGGCAAAACCAGCUACACUUGGCUGCACGAUUACCUCCUGGACAAACACCGACAAGGCAAUACUGUGGACGGACUGCUCAGCAUCGCAGCGAUCGACCACCAUGCGAACUUCCUAGAAUUGCAGGCCAAAUACCCUGAUAUAGAUCUCGAGACAAUGGGAAAUGCCAAGGACGCAGCAGUGAAGCGCCAGCAAACAUUCUGGGAAGGAAGAGAGAAUCACCCUGGCCGUGCCGAUGCCAGAGCCUUCUCCAUGCGAAAAACCGCUUAUCGCGGCCGCCUCAGCAAGAAGGAGAUGGUCGAAACCAUAGCCGACGUAGGCGAGAAACUGUACUAUACCGAAGGCGCCGCGCUGCGCGCGCCCGACGGCACCGCGGAGAAGACCAAGCUGCUCGAGGAAGUCGCCGCGCUCGACGCCCAGUGGGACAAACAGAUGAACAGCCUGCAGGUCAACUACAGAGCCGUGCCGCUCUCCGCAGUCGACGACCGCAUCUCGCUGCGCGCCCCGCCGCGCCCGCGCAUCCAGUGGGACCGCCGCUCGUUCGAACCCCUCACCAUGUCGGCCGACGAGGUGUGGCCGCCCGUGCACCUCGCGCUCAUCUCGUCGACGCCGCACGCGCGCCCCCCCGGCCAGACGGUCGAUUUCUACGAGUGGGUGCACGACUUCGUGUACGCGCUGUUCCCCGUGUCGUCGGUGCCGCUGCCGGAGGCGCUGGAGAAGAUGCAGCACGGGCUUAGCGAGAUCAUGGACAGCUGCCCGAGUUUGCGGGACCCGGAGAAGGGCGGCAGGAUGCUGAUGAAGCAUCUCCGGGUGCGGCUGCUGACGGGCGAGAUGAUCGAGGAGCUUGUUGGGGCGUACCGCGAUUGGCCGUUCAAGGAGCCCGGGAGCGAUCAUAACAAGUACUUUAGGUGGAAGGGGCAGAACAAGGCGGCUGAAUUUGCUGGUGGUUAGUGUGGUUGUGUAUGAUAGGUGUCACUGAUUAGACGUAUUAUGUACACUUAGGUUGUAUCAAUCACUUGGAUUUUUGUCGA